AUGCGACGUGCGAGUGAUCUGCUGCUGCUGCUCGACAUGGGCUUCGGCGAGCUGGAGGCUUCUGACGCGCUUGGCCGCGACCAGAGCAUUGAGCUCACCGUGGAAGCCCUCCUCCACCAACGCGCGACCCGAGCCCUCUCUCGCUUAGAGGCGGAUGUGCCCCCGCGUACGCGAACUAAGAGGCGUCAAAUGGUGGCGCUGCGCAGAGGCGAGGCGGGCGGGUGGGGAACGAUGCGCGUGGAGGAGCACCCCUACCACCACGCCGGAAGCUUCCGCCCUCGGGGGCCGUCUCUGGCGGAGGGCCACGCGGAGGAGCGAGAGGAGCAAGAGGAGCGAGAAGGCCCCGCCAAUGCCGACGCCGACGCCGCCCUUGUUCCACUGGGCAGCAAUGGCGACAGCGGCGGCGCCAAGCCUCUAUCCGCCUCUCUGGUGGUCACCAGCCUGCGCUCCGAGCCCGGUUUUCCGGCAGCGCUGCCCGCUUCUGCGCUAGUGGGCGCAGUAGACCGGGAGAAGACGCUCUCGUCCUCGCUGUGGAUCGGGAACGUGAGCAGCAAGGUGCGGGAGGACGAGCUGCGCUCCCUCUUUUCGCCCUUCGGCGAAAUCGUGAGCCUCAAAAUCCUACGCCGCUCGCAAUGCGCCUUCGUCAACUAUUCCUCCCCGGCCGCUGCCACCGCGGCCAAACGCCACGUGCAGGGCAAGUUGGUCAAGGACAUGCGCCUUGAGAUCAACUUCUCCAAGCCGCCCAAGGCUCAGCGCACCGACCUCCCGCCUCUUCCCCUCGGGGGAGCUGCGGGGCCUCUGGCGCCGGGCUCUUCGGUCCUCCUGCAUCGACCGCCUCCUGCUGCUACCGCCGCCCCCCCGACUCGCCACCGCAUCACCGGCGGCGGGGCCAGUCCCGAGACGGGUUAUCCCUCCUCCUCCUCCGCUCGGUCAGCAGGCGGCGGGAUCCUCGCGGGAUCCGCGAAGCAGCUUACCAAGCACCAAGCCACCGCCGUAGUGGCGGCGAGCCACCGGGAUGGGCACCACCAGGCGGAGGAGGCGCUGGGCCCCUCUUCGGCGCCGGAUGCGCCCCUGGCCGGUCCGAAGCGCGUACGGCCGGAUGUCCGCUCCACGAGCAGCAGCAGCAGCAGCAGCAGCAGCAGCGUGCCCACGAGUUACCUGGCCGCCACCACCAAUCAAAACAUGCCCGCCGCCGCCGCCGCCUCCUCCACCACAGCCGUGGUACACCUGCCUCUCGAGAGCCCCCUCUCUUUCCUCGUGCUCACCUCGCCCGUCCGUCUUCAGUCCCGAUUCUCGUCUCCGCCCUUCAGCAGCGCGCUGCCGCCGGCUCUGAUCAUCCCCAAUUUCGGCGGAGCUGCGGCUGGACCGACGAGCCAGGCCGAAGCCACGUCUCCGGGCUCGCACCCGGCGGCCACGCCUCCUCCCUGGCUGGCAGCAGCUGCAGCUGCUGCUGCGGGAGGUGGAGAUGGGGGUGGUGGUGGUGGUGGACUGACGGCCAGCCCCGCCCUUCAGCUCUUCUUCGACCCCACGGCUGCUGCCUCACCCGCUGCUUUUCUGUUCCCGCCGACUACUCCCGCGGCCCUUCCGAUGAUGCACCACCACAUUGGCACCACCACCGGUGGCAUGGCACGCGAGGAGAUGGCGUCGAGCGUCGAGCAUGAGGAGCAGCCCGGCACGAUGGGCAGCGGCGGAGGCAUCUACAGCCCCUUUGGCGAGGCCUACCUGGGCGUGUACCGGGUCCACCCGUAUCCCCAGCACCACCACGACCCCCACGACGAGGAGGACGAAGAGGAUGAGCAGCAACAACCACUUCACCUCGACCACCACCACGACCACCACCACGACCACGACCACCACCACCAUCAGCAGCCGCAGCAGGCACCCGAGGCAGAUGGGCAAGCAGAGGAGCGUCCGCUGCUGGUGGAGCCCGAUCUCAGUGGCUCUCCGUCGGCGUACGGCCUCUUCGGGUGGCAGCCGACAGGCUUCGACUCGGGCGGCGGCGGCGGCGGGCACCUGUCCACCAGCAUCUGGAGCUAUUCCUCCUUCGGCCCGCCCCUGCAGCCCCCAGCAGCAGCGGCAGCCGCCCUCGCACCCUCGCCGCACCAUCGGCAGCAGCAGCAGCAGGCCUCUCCCUCCUCCGACAGCUUCCACCACCACCAGCAGCAGCAGCAGCACCAGCAGCACCAGCAGGGGGCUGCCGCCCUCCCUUUUGGAGGACACACGGCUCCUCCUCCGCCCUACACGGCUUUCUACAACGUAGCCCCGCCCCCCUACCACCCCCACCACUCGCAGCAGCAGCCGUAG